GGCGGCAAGAAGAAGCAGGGAGAACCGCAUCUGAUGGGGAAACGCGGAUUGACGUAACACCACCAUUCUAACACACCUACGUAGCGCCCAGCAACAGCAGGUCUCCGUCGCUGCCGCACAGGUGUAAACCCAGCGCGAGCAUAGACAUAAUAUAACAUUAUGUCUAUGAGCGCGAGCGUCUCAGCGUUCAUGUUGCGUUUGAAGGUGGCUCGGAAAAACAGGUUGCGACAAGUUAACAAAAGAUUAAACAGUUUUACUUGGGUCCUUAGGCAAGAUACUUCACCCGAUAUGCACGUAUUAUCCAGAAGGGGGCGGUAAUGCAACAAUGUAAAUGCCGACAGUCAUAAAAUCCCAAAGAAGAAGAAUAGGAGGCGUAACAACAAGAUGCCGCAUGGCUUCUUUUGUUGAAUUUUCGAGAGUUUGUUUAAAUGAGUUUCUCAACGAGAAGUUAAUCCUGCUGAAGAAACUUUCACAGAGUUUAAAGGAAUCGUCGUCAAGUCGGAGGAAGAGAUGGAUGAUCAGCGCAGACUGCUGGAUUUCUCCCGGACUCCCCGGAUAAUUUUACACCGGAUAGAUUGCCUGCAACAUAACAUUUACAAUGAGGAGCUAUGGAACCAGGAGAGGAGAUCCACUCUGGACCAGGAGGAGUUAGAACCUCUGCAGGUGAAGCAAGAACAGGAAGAACCAGAAGAUCAUCAGAUAAAAGAAGAGCAGGAAGAUCUAGAACAUCAGCAGAUAAAAGUGGAAGAGGAAGAAGUUUGCUGCAGUCAGGGUGAAGAACAGGUUGAUCUGAAACAGGAGACUGAUACCUGCAUGGUGGUUCCUGUUGAUGAGCAAACAUCCCACACUGAAUCAGAACCAAACAGGAACCAAGUCAUCUUCCAGGAAGCUGCUGAAGCUGAGGACCAAAAUCAGGAAAGACGAAAACCUUUCUUAUGUGUGACCUGUGAAAAGCAUUUCCCUUUCAAAUCUAUUUUUGAUGCUCACAUGAGAACUCAUACAGGUGAAAAGCCGUUUUCCUGUGUGACCUGUGGAAAAAGUUUUAGUCAAAAAYCGAAUUUAACUGAACACAUGAUGAUUCACAAUAGUGAAAAGCCGUUU